AUGACUACUAUUACUGACCACGGUAAUAAUAAGGUGAAACAUGGUGGUAUUGUUCAUGAAUCUGAAGUUGGUGAUAAUGAUAUUGAUUCAUUAAAUCAAUCAAAUAUAGGACAUGAUGAAGAUACUACAGCUGAUAAAUCAUUUGAUAGUUAUAAAAUCCCUUCAGAUGUUAGAUGGAAAUUAUUUUGGUCUUUUAAAACACCAAGAUCUGUUAAGGAAAAAAAGCAAAAACUAUUCUUAUGGACCCCUCCAGGACAAUCAAAAUAUGAAACAAGAUUGGUUUUCAAAUUAGACUGUAUUAUCUUAACUUACGUUUGCUUAAGUUUCUUUGUUAGGAUGCUUGAUGCUUCAAAUGUUUCUAAUGCUUAUGUUUCCGGUAUGAAGGAAGAUUUAAAUAUGCAUGGUACAAUGUAUAAUUGGUUAACAAGAUCUUUUUAUCUUGCAUACGCAGUUGCUGGUUUCCCAAUUACUUUAUUAGUUACCAAAAUUAAACCCAGAUUCUUAUUACCCACUUUAGAAUUACUAUGGGGUGUAUUUUGCCUACUAGUUAUUACUUGUAAAGAUUACAAGAGUCUAAUGAUUAUUAGAGGUAUCCAAGGUGCAUUGGAAGGUGGUUGUUUCCCUAUUUUACAUGUUAUAUUGGGGACUUUUUAUACAACUAAUGAAUUAAGUACAAGAACUGCACUUUUCAUUGCAUCAGGUAGUUGUGGUACAAUGUUUGGUGGAUAUAUUCAAUCUGGUGUUUAUAAAACUUUGAAUGGUGCUGCAGGUAUGCCAGGUUGGAGAUGGAUUUUUGUUAUUGAUUUCUUAAUUACUAUACCAGUAGCUAUAUUAGGUUAUUUUAUUAUUCCAGAUGCUCCAUACGAGGCAAAACCAACAAGAUUUUUAUCACAAAAAGAUAUUGAUUUUUGUAAAAAAAGAGUUCUUGUUGUUAAAAAUGUUGAACAAGGUCAUCAAUUUGGUUUCAAUGUUAUUAAGAAAAUUUUAACAUCAUGGCAAUUUUAUCUUUUCACAUUUUUCUAUACAGUUGGUCAUAUACCAGGUGAUGUUGGAUCAUAUUGGAAUGUUGUUUUAAAAGAACAAGGUUAUAAUGUUUAUCAAAGAAAUAAUUAUCCAACUAUUCAAUCUGCUUUUGAUGCUAUUGGUUGUAUCUUAGCUGGGAUGUAUGCAGAUUCUACAGGGAGAUUUUUAGAUCCUUUAAUAAUAUUACAAGGUAUUUGGUUAAUAGCAGUGGCAUUAAUUGUUAAAUGGGAUAUUCCAACACCUUUAUUAUUCAUAUGUUUUGUUGUAUGUGGUGCUUCUGGUGGUGUUAGUACACUUUGCUGUGCAUGGGCUAAUGAUAUGACAAGAGAGGAUCAUCAAUUAAGAGCAGCAGUUAUAGGAUCAUUAAAUUUGAUUUAUCAGGGACCCCAUACUGUUUUUUCAAUUAUGAAUUAUAAUACUGAUUUAGCUCCAAAAUAUGAAAGAGGUAAUAGAUAUUCUUUGGGGAUUUUAAGUAUUUGUUUCUUGACAACUUUUGUUAUAUUUUGGUUUGAUAGAUAUCAAAGAAGGAAAAGAGAUUAUAUUGAUGAUUUGGUUAAUAAUGAACAAGAUGAUACACUCAUUGAAGGGUGA